AUGGGAUAGAAAAUGGGGGAGAGAGGGAGCCGAGCUCGGCAGCGGCGGCGCUUCGGGGCUUUUUAGAGUUUAAUCUGAGUCUGGAAACCCGAGAAACGCGGUGUGAGAGCGGAGCGCGGGGUGUUCGCCGCGCUGGAGCUGCUCGGACUGAGGAGGAAAGCGGCCUCUGCCCUCCACCGGGCUUCGGUUAGCCUAGCCGCUAACGGCAGGCUAGCGCGGGGUCCCGGGGCUGCACCGCGGACAGCGGGAUGAAACCCGCCUUUAACGCGCUCGGAAAGCGCGACACACGGCCUCGCUUCGCUCUCCACCCGCUCUCUACCCGCCUCGGCCCAUCACGGCCUCGUUCGGAACCCGGUUCGGUCGCUGCCCUCAGAUAAACGCAGGCUAGCUAAGCUAAAGCGGAGCUACACCCCGUUAGCUGCCCGAAGUCGACGCUACAUUUCUGUCCUAAUUUUCUCGCUCCACCUUAAAUGGUGCAGUACUUCCGUUUCGCGCCUGGACACGCUGCUGGGACUGCGGUGCUGUUUAAGGUGGAACGGGUAUUCCGGCUAAGAAGCUAAGCUCGGCGUCGUGCUAGCUGCUGACAUUGCGCGACUCUGGGUCUCACAGUCCGAGCCACAGACUCUUAAAUAGCCGCUGGAGCGAAAGUGGAUCUGUUUUUAUCCAUUUAGUGCGUUUUAACUUUUAAAAUAACUCUAAUGCCGCCGUAAGAUGCUUAGUAGUGUGUCCUUAGCCAACUAGCUCCUGAGCUCCAUGCGUGACACCGUGUAGUGAAUUAUAACGCAGAGCUGUGGCUUCAGGCCCCUAAAGCCAAGUCCGCUGAUUUUCAUGAUGAUUAAAUGGUGAAGGUAGUGUGUGUGCAGUAGGAUGGAGAGUUUGGGGCUGCAGGCUGUAGCUCUGAGUGACGGCUCCACCGCCUUCAUCCAGCAGGCGCUUAGCGAGACUAAUCUGGCAGAAGGAGACACCAUCCAGCUGGAGGACGGAACCACAGCGUACAUCCAGCAGGUCACAGUGCAGCAGAAAGACCCUCUGCCAUUUGAAGAUGGUCAGGCAGUCCAGCUUGAGGACGGCACUACAGCCUACAUCCACCGCACACCUAAAGAUGGUUUUGACCCCGGUGCGGUGGAGGCGGUGCAGCUGGAGGACGGCAGUACAGCAUACAUUCACCACCCAUCAGCUCUGCAGCCAGGGGGCACCAUACUCACCGUACAGGCCGGGGGUGUGCUGGAGGAGCUCACUGCGGACCCCGACACCAUCAGCACACUGGAGAACUACUCUGCACGGCUGACGGGUUCUAAGGUGGAGAUGGAUGAGAACAGUUCUGGAGCUAAUGGAGUGAAGGCAUGGAGUUCCUGUAAAACUCCUCAGGGGGAGAAAAGCUUCCAGUGCGGCUACGAGGGCUGUGGCCGACUCUACACCACUGCACACCAUCUGAAGGUGCAUGAGCGUUCUCACACAGGUGACCGUCCGUACCGCUGUGAGAUCCCCUCCUGCACCAAAGCCUUCUCCACCGGCUACGGCCUGAAGAGCCACCUGCGCACACACACCGGAGAGAAGCCCUACAAGUGUCCAGAGGACAUGUGUUACAAAGCCUUCAAAACCUCCGGAGACCUGCAGAAGCACGUCCGCACGCACACAGGCGAGAAGCCGUUUAAGUGUCCAUUUGAAGGCUGCGGACGCUCCUUCACCACCUCCAACAUCAGGAAGGUCCACAUGCGCACGCACACGGGCGAGAGACCGUACCUGUGUCCAGAGCCGGCGUGUGGACGAGGCUUUGCCAGCGCCACCAACUACAAAAACCACAUGAGGAUACACACGGGUGAGAAGCCGUAUCUGUGUACGGUUCCCGGAUGUGGGAAGCGUUUUACGGAAUACUCCAGUCUGUAUAAACACCACGUCGUUCACACGCACUGCAAACCGUACAGCUGCAACCACUGCGGGAAAACCUACCGACAGACCUCCACGCUCGCCAUGCACAAACGCACCGUCCACGGAGACUACGCCGAGGAGGCGGAGGCAAUAGAGCCUACUCAGCAGCAGCAGGGUGUGUAUGCAGAGGGGGCGGAUCAGAAGGAGGAGUCUCAGGCUGUCAUGGAGACGGAUGAUGUCAUUAGCUCUCAGGUCAAUCUGACCGCUGAAGAUCUGCAGGCUCUGACUGCUGGCAUCACCAUGGUGACGCAGGACGGCACCACCAUCACCGUGCCCGCCCACCAGGGCAUCCUGAGCGGCAGGCAGCAGCACGUCGCCAUGGUUACACAAGACGGCAAGGAGCUGCAGCAGGUUGCUAUAGUAACAUCAGAUGCCAUCAUGUCAGCCGGGUCAGGGAUCAGCUCUCCUCAUUGUCAGCAGGUGGCGCUGUUGGCCACGGCAAACGGCACACAGAUAGCAGUGCAGCUGGAGGAGCAGCAGACAUUAGAAGAAGCAAUAAGCAUGGCCACUGCAACUAUACAGCAAGGACUGACCCAGGAUCAGCCAGAAGCCUGACCACAACACCCACAGAACUGACCUAGAAUCAGCCAGAAGCCUGACCACAGCAUCCAUAAACCCUGACCCAGGAUCAGCCAGAAGCCUGACCACAACACCCACAGAACUGACCGAGAAUCAGCCAGAAGCCUGACCACAGCAUCCAUAAACCCUGACCCAGGAUCAGCCAGAAGCCUGACCACAACACCCACAGAACUGACCUAGAAUCAGCCAGAAGCCUGACCACAGCAUCCAUAAACCCUGACCCAGGAUCAGCCAGAAGCCUGACCACAACACCCACAGAACUGACCUAGAAUCAGCCAGAAGCCUGACCACAGCAUCCAUAAACCCUAACCCAGGAUCAGCCAGAAGCCUUACCACAGCAUCCAUAAACCCUGACCGAGGAUCAGCUAGAAGCCUGACCACAGCAUCCAUAAACCCUGACCGAGGAUCAGCCAGAAGCCUGACCACAGCAUCCAUAAACCCUGACCGAGGAUCAGCCAGAAGCCUGACCACAGCAUCCAUAAACCCUGACCGAGGAUCAGCCAGAAGCCUGACCACAGCAUCCAUAAACACUGACCGAGGAUCAGCCAGAAGCCUGACCACAGCAUCCAUAAACCCUGACCGAGGAUCAGCCAGAAGCCUGACCACAGCAUCCAUAAACCCUGACCGAGGAUCAGCCAGAAGCCUGACCACAGCAUCCACACAGAACUGACCCAGGAUCAGCCAGAACUCCAACCAGAGCAUCCA